GCCUUGGAGCGCCUCAUGGAAAUGAAGCGCUUCCAGGCUCUCCUCGGGGCCAGGAGAAUCCAUCCCCACAGGGCUCUGCUGAUCAGGGUUUUUCUGCACUACUUUCAGAAGAUCAACCACUUCCCAGGCAUGAUCGAGCUGUGCCGCAAGGACCUGCUGGCUCGCAACCUGAACCGCAUGCUCCGGCUCUUCCCCAAGGAGUACAACAUCUUCCCCCGCACGUGGUGCCUGCCAGCUGACUACGGAGAUUUCCAUGCCUAUAGAUCCACGAAGAAAGCAAGAACAUUCAUCUGCAAGCCUGACAACAGCUGCCAGGGAAGAGGGAUCUUCAUAACCCACCACCCAGAGGAGAUCAAGCACGGGGAACGCAUGAUCUGUCAGCUGUACAUCUCUGAGCCCUUCCUCAUCGAUGGCUUCAAGUUUGACAUGCGCAUCUACGUGCUGGUCACAUCCUGUGACCCCCUGAAGAUUUUUCUCUACAGGGAGGGCCUGGCCCGGUUUGCCACCAUGAGAUACAUCGAUCACAGCACGAGAAACCUGGGUGACAUCUGCAUGCACCUGACCAAUUAUGCAAUCAACAAACACAAUGAGAACUUCGUCCAGGACGACAUGGUGGGCAGCAAGAGGAAACUGUCCACCCUGAAUGCCUGGAUGGCAGAGCACAGCUAUGACACAUCAAAGCUCUGGGCAGAUAUUGAUGACAUUGUUAUAAAGACACUGAUUUCAGCUCACCCUGUGCUGAAACACCAUUACCAGAGCUGCUUCUCCAGCCACACUACUGGCUGCGCAUGCUUUGAAAUCCUGGGCUUUGACAUUUUGCUCGAUAGAAGGCUGAAGCCAUGGCUGCUGGAGGUGAACCACUCUCCCAGCUUCAACACAGAUUCUCAGCUAGACCAUGAGGUGAAGGAUGCCCUUCUGUGUGACACCUUCAACCUGAUCAAUGUGCACGCCUGUGAUAGAAAGAAGGUGCUGGAGGAAGACAAGCGGCGGGUAAAGGAACGGCUCCUCCAGGCCAACCAGACUCCCCGGGAGUCCAGGCGCAGGGAGCAGGAGAACAGCCAGGCUGCCUGGCUGGCACAGGCUGAGACCUACGAGAACGAGCACCUGGGAGGGUUCCGACGCAUCUACCCAGCACCUGGCACAGAAAAGUACGAGCCAUUCUUCCAGCAGAGCAGGUCCCUCUUCCAGGAAACAGCAGCAUCCAAGGCAAGAGAAGAGUAUGCCAGGCAGCAGCUGGAGGAGAUGCGCCUGAAAAAUGAAAAGCUGGAAGCUGCCAGGAAGAAGAGGAUCCAGAAUAAAGGCACAGCUCCUACAAGCCACCUUACCUACAGAAGCACCAAGGCAUGGGAUAGAAAGUGCCUGCAGUACAACUCCAUGCAGCCCCAGAACAUCGUGGCACAUGAAGAGAAGAGGAGAGUGAACGCUCUGCUGCAGCGUGAGAAGCUGAUCCGGGACCUGGGCAUCACUGAGCAGCUGUCCCAGCUGCUCUCCACGGCUGACGCCCAGGGAUCCUGCGCACUCCAGAGCCAGCUGCCGUUUUCCUGGGAUGCCAUCAGGGACCACAACACCCACGAUUUAAUGAUGCUUAUGUCAUUGCUGGGAGUCCCAGCUCAGCCCCUGGGACACAGGGUCAUGCCCAGCCCUAGAGGCCGGGCCCUGCCGCGGCACAUCCCAGACCCAGAUCCCAACGACGUGCAGGCCCUCUGCAUUCAAGGCCAGAGCAUCCCGUACCACGUGCGGCACGAGGGCUCACGGGUGCUGGGCGGGGGCUGGCUGCAGGGCCGGGCAGCGGGGGCAGUGGUCACCCAGCCCUGUGCCCACCCCAAGCGGCUACAGCCGAGACACGAGUGCCUCCCUGGCACCAGAAGCCAGGCUGAAGGCUGUGAUGCUGGUAGUGUGUCAUCGUCCGAUGGAAGCAGCUGUCCCCCCGCUUCCCCAGCCAGCCCAGAGCAGGCCACAGGUGAUGAUGGCAUCUUCAGCUGUGCUGUGGUCCAGGAGCUUCCCAACGCCACUGCCGUUCACGUGCAGCACACACACACCUCACACCACGGCGAAGACUCACCGCGCCAGUGUGUCACACCGUGCCAGUGCCUUGCCCCAUGCCAGUGCCUCUCACAUUCACAGCCUGAAAAGCACAGGUAACACGGCUGAGGGCUCAGCCCUCCUCCCGUGUGUGCUGGCACGAGU